AUGAUGGACAUGUCUGCCAACGACGGGUCAAUUGUGGGCCUCCCAGUGGACGCCAAGAGUUCGAGCAGUGAUGAAGAAGAAGAAACUCAACAACAGCAGCGAGAGCAACAGCCAUCCGUUCCGGCAAACAUUCAAGAACAGGAGCAAAAAGAAAUCAAAGACGAGACUCGUUCUUUGGCUUUGAAUGGGAACAUGACAACACCUGAAUUGUUGGCAUCGUCACAGGAAACUAAAUUGGCAUUGCCAACAACAGAAAAUGGAAAGGAGCCUCUAGUCAUCAAGGAUCCUGUACGUCCUGGUGCUGUUGCGAACGACGACGGAAAAUUUGCAGAUGCCGACGAAGAUGAACAACCUAAUAUUAUGACGACCAUUGAGACAAGCAGUGCUCCAUCGACUCCCUUGCCUCAAACAGAGCCAGAAAACUCAUGCCACACGCCUUCAAUGAAUGUCGACCAUGCGACCCCAAUACUGAUUCCAAGAACAUCGCCAGCUAUUGACGGCACGAAAGAUCCUAGCACUCCGCCAACUUCAGCGUCUCCCCCUCUUCAAACUGACAAAGAACCAGUCCUCAUCAAUGGCACAGCAGCCAACCAGGAACAAUUAUCAUUGGAAGAACGAGUGCAAGAAUUGGAGACUAAAUUGGCAACGUUGUCAAGGAUGCUACAGCAACAACAACGUCUCUCGUCGAGAAACUUGCUGGUUCGAUCUCCCUCUGGACAACAAAAACCACAAUCCAUGCUAUCAGCGCCACGUUUGCCAGGAAUUCCACUCAUGGAAGAUAUUGAAUUUCCACACACGCAAUACAACAACAACAACAACAAUGCGUCCAGCAGCAAUGAAAACAGUGUUGGAACCAAAUCUCCACCCGAGAUUGUCACCCACGGUCCCCUCUCUUCCGCUAAAACAACACGAAAAGGACUGGUUCCGUACUUGGAAUCCCCUGCUCCCAUUGAAGAUAGUAGAGCUCUGGGAGGAAAGUUGACCCAACACCAGCGAAAACGAUUGAGUUUCUGCCUUCUCUACGAUGGCAACGAAGAUAAUUUGAACAGAGCGGAUGACGACAACCAAGUUGUCGUACGUUCCCACUUGGUUCGCAGGGAUGAUGACGACGACGACCAUGCCAAUAACCCGUACAGCGACCAGCACAAUAGUCCUAUCCAUAGCGAGAAUCUCAGCAAUGGAGUAAAUGGCGAUGGUGUAAUGACGGAAACUGAAGCAUCCUCUCCUCACCCACUCCUUAAAGACAACAACAAUAACUUGCAGGAUGGUUCUGCCAACAACAACAAUAAAAACAUGCAGCAACAAAGCAUAUCCAAUGAUGGUGGUGCCAUAGUCAGCAACUCUGGAGACCCGCGGCACCAUGCUGGUGGUACUAUGCAGAAAGACAAGACUACAGUCGCCUCUUCCAAUAAGACAGGCACUCCCACAACAACCAAGAAGGAGGACUUGGCAGAUGCGUCGCAAAAGUCGGUAGAAUCACUCAAAAAACAGCAACAAGCACUCGGGUUUCCGACUGGUAGCAGCAGCAAGGGCACAAAGGAAGAUACCACUUCACCCAAAGUGGGAGGUCGUGUCAGUAAUCUUCUGCCACCCCCAAACUUGUCGAAAGAUAAACGCAACAAGUGGUUGGACCAUUUGAACUCGUUUCAGCAAAGCAAUCAUGACGUCGAUCUGCAGAUGCAGGAGUUUAUCAAGGUUCCAGGUGCGGUCGAAAAGACACUGACAUCAGGUUUCAUAAUCUGCCUUGAUUCCUUUUUGUACGUCUGCACCAUUUUGCCCAUUCGAUUCGUUUGGAGCUGCGUGCUCUUGUCCCUGCACUACUUUUUCAAAUGGACCAAGAAACCGGCUGGAAACCUCCAGUUUCAUCGAAGGCACACCUAUCAAUUGAUACAGGUUGGCAUCUGCCUGUUCAACUAUACCUACGUCUUGCUUCCGAUUAGUAUCGGCAAGCUGUAUCAUUGGAUCCGCGGACAGGCCAUGAUCAAGCUCUAUGUCCUCAUUGCAAUGGUGGAAGUCUUUGACAGGCUCAUGUGUUCGUUGGGACAGGACUGUCUGGAUAGCUUGUACUGGAACACCACACGGAGACCCCGGAGUACUCGCAUGUUCAUCAGUGUUUCUGUGGUGAUGGUCUACACAGCAGUUCAUUCCUUGAUUUUGUUCAUACAUGUCUGUACGCUGUCUGUCGCAAUGAACAGCGCAGAUGAGGCAUUGAUUGCCCUUCUCAUUGGAGGGAACUUUGCAGAAAUCAAAUCAACAGUGUUCAAGAAAUACAACAAACCCAGUCUCUUCAAGAUCGUGGCAAGUGACAUUUGUGAAAGGUUCAAGCUGGCUUUGUUUCUCAGCCUCGUGCUAUUGCUCAAUUUCUGUCAAGGAAUGGACAGUCGGAAAAUGAGUGAUUACCAACGAAUUGCCGGCCUUGUGUACAUGAGUGAAUUGCUAUGUGACUGGCUCAAGCACGCAUUCAUUACCAAGUUCAACUUCAUCCCAAGCACCGUCUAUCCAGAGUUUAGUCUUUUGUUGGCGGGUGACGUGACAGGGAUCGGGCACGAAGGUGUCAAUCUUGACGUCAGCCACGCUGUGGUAAAAAGGAUUGGGUUUGCUCAGAUGCCCUUGGUCUGUGUCAUGGCAAGGCUCGUCACCGAGGCUGCCAAGUAUAUGUCCAUGCGAACUGAUAGCAAUGCUGUACCGUCUUUUGUAAUUGUACUCGGUGCUGUCGUUGCCUGGAUCAUUUUGUUGGUUCUGAAGACAUGCUUGGGUGCAUAUCUACAACGAACGUCCCUCGCCAAGCUCCAUGCUGCACCCGAGCUGUCACAGACACCGCUGAAAGUCAAACAAAAAUAG